AUGGUUUCCAGCACGAACACCACUCUACCCACCACUACCCUACCUAACACGCACGAGAGCUAUUCUGACAUUGCUCCAGCCAGGUAUGCUGGCAAGCUCGACGGCAAAGUGGUUGUUGUGACGGGCUCAUCCGUCGGUCUCGGUCGUUCCAUAUCCAAGGCAUUCGCUGCCGCUGGCGCCUCGGUCGCUGUUGUCGCCCGUCGUGAGCACGAUCUCCAUACUCUUGUCGACGAAAUCGAAGCUGCCAGCGGCAAGGCAAUCUCUAUCGUCGCCGAUGUAGCCACCAAGGGUGCCGCUCAGAGCAUCGUAGCUCAAGUGGAGAAGGAGCUGGGACCCGUCGACAUUCUGGUCAACAACGCGGGCAUCACCCGUGUCGGUCCCUUUGAUGCUGAAGAGGAGCAUCUGGAUAUCUGGUGGCGUGUAUACGAGGUGAAUGUUCGCGCUCCAGUGUCCAUGAUCCGCGCAGUACUGCCGUCAAUGCUCAAGCGUAAUACCGGUGUCCUUCUCACCACGAGUUCCGCUGUGGCCACUAUGUCGAUACCUGUCAUGAGCGCCUACUCUUCAUCCAAAGCUGCCAUCACCAAGUUCCACGAAAGUCUGAGUGAAGAGCUAAAGGGCACCAAUGUCCUGUCCUUCUCCGUACACCCCGGCAUGGUUGACACACAGAUCGGCGCUGCCGAGAACGCCAUCAACAAGGAUCAGAUGCAGAAUCCUUUCGUGCAAGGCUUACUAUCACAAAUGGGCAACUUCAAGCGCCAGACACCCGAAUUAUGUGCCAACACUAUGGUUGCUCUCUCUGCCGAUUCCCGCUACAAGGUACUCACCGGUCGUUACAUCAAUGCCACUCAGGAGUUGGGUCCUGUAGUUGAAGAAGCAGGGAAGGAAGGUAAAGGACGCCUUGGUUCAGAAAGACUAUAUCUCAUCACGAUUCCCACUCUAUAA